GCGGAAAUGUCCUCACGUAGUUUUGAUAAAGCAUCCUGGGUACUUUUCUCUUUCUUUCCGGUUAGUACGCCAUCGAUUGAGGCAUCAUGGGUGCGUACAAGUACUUGCAGGAGCUCUGGAGGAAGAAGCAGUCGGACGUAAUGCGCUUUCUGCUGCGUGUUCGUUGCUGGCAGUAUCGCCAGCUCUCCUCCCUCCACCGUACCCCCAGACCCACCAGACCCGACAAGGCACGCAGACUGGGCUACAAGGCCAAGCAGGGUUACGUCGUUUACCGUGUACGUGUGCGCCGUGGUGGCCGCAAACGUCCCGUGCCUAAGGGUGCCACCUACGGCAAGCCUGUGCACCAUGGUGUCAACCAGCUGAAAUUUGCCCGCAGCCUGCAGUCAACUGCUGAGGAGCGUGCUGGCCGUCACUGCGGUGGUCUCCGUGUGCUGAGCUCUUACUGGGUGGGUGAAGACUCCACAUACAAAUUCUUUGAGGUGAUCCUGGUUGACACCUCCCACAAGGCUAUCAGGCGCAACCCCGAGACACAAUGGAUCACAAAGGCCGUGCACAAGCACCGGGAAAUGCGAGGCCUCACUUCGGCUGGCAAGAAGAGCCGUGGCUUGGGCAAGGGCCACAAGUUCCACCUCACCAUUGGUGGCUCUCGUCGUGCUGCCUGGAGGAGACGCAACACCCUACAGCUGCACCGUUAUCGCUGAAGUGUGUGCAAAACAUUUGUACAUUGAUCAGAAUAAAGUACCUUGAUAUGG